UCAGAAUUAAUUCUCAUGUCAGCAGAAAGCUCAACCAUCACAGUUCGUCUUGUUCGCUCUUUUGAACACCGGAAUUUCAGACCUGUGGUGUAUCAUGGCGUUAACUUGGAUCAGACAGUAAAGCAGUUCAUUACUUUUGUGCAGAAGGAUGUGCCUUCAAGAGCAGGACUUCCUCCUCCUUUCAAAAAUUACAAGUAUGAUACAAUGAAGAUUAUUCACCAAGCACACAAAUCUAAGACUGGUGAACUUGUAGUGAGUUUGGAAGACGAUGACAAACUGAUUUUGAAAGAAGACAGUACGCUGAAAGCAGCUGGAGUAGCAAAUGAGACUGAAUUAGCAUUCUUCUGUGAGGAAGAUUACAGAAACUACAAAGCUAAUCCUGUUUCAGCCUGGUGAAGAUCCCAAGAGAUUGUUUUGUUUUCCCAUACCUGUUGUAAAUUUUCCUUAUUCUGCUUAAUGAGAUUUUUCUUAAAGAUCAAUAAAUCCUAGAGGAUUGCUUUGCAAACAGUGCAAUUCCCUUCCUAUAGAAAUUAAUUUCUGUCAAUAUGCUAAGACUGAGAGAAGGAAAACUGGGGGACAUAAAUGACUUUUUUCUUUCUUGCAUUUAUAUUUCCUUUGCUUGCCUCUUACAAUGCAGGCAGUGAAAUCUGUCCUGUGGCACACAUUCUUGGUGUGAUCCUACAGCAGACAUUAACUAUGUAUGGAGUUUAUACAAUGCACAGUAAAAUCCUAUCACGGUACCAACUUCUAAUGAAAAUAGGAACAUUUUAUGAC